ACCGUAAAAUCGGGCGUGGCAGUCCCAUUUUCCCCAAACGACAAAAAGAAGCGGGGACGGACGGUCAUACCGAUGCUCUCCAACUCCAUGGAGUUCAGACCUCGCGAUUACACCGCCGAGAAACAAGCCCACGCGCUUCCUCGCUCACGCGCCGAUGAUCAUCCUCUCUCCGCUCCAUCGUCUCUAGCUCACCCCCAGGUUGAGGUGGUUGAUGAUGGGGAGACAGACUAUCUUGAUCCGCUCAGGAGGUCAGAUAACAAUGCAGCGGUUUCUAGAGUGGUUUCGGAAGGCGUUGAAGACAUUUCUGCUUUGGGACUGUCAAGUGAGGCAUCGUCGGUUGGAAAUUCAUCAAAAGAAUGGGCCUUUUUUAAGAGAUCACUGAUGCAGUGGUUUCCAGUCUCCAAAAUGGUGUUGACUUCUUCGAUGUCCGAUGUGAUGGUGAAAGGCAGGAAAACAUAUGAUAAAUCUUCAACAAAUAUGCAUUUGGAGGAACUGGAAGAUCCAGAAAAAUUUGCAGAAGAGGGUGGCAAAGUCAUCACAGGACAGGAAUAUGUGUCCCGGUUACAUGACCUCAAAGCUGAAAUAAAUCACAGUUGGCAUGCUGAUGACCGUGUGACGUCUUUGAAAUUAUCAAUAAAAGUAGCUAAGCUUUUGAUGGAUACAUCUAUUUUACAAUGUUAUCCUACACUUUUUGCUCUCGCUACGGAUAUUAUGGAUAUGCUUGGAGAUAUGGUAUGGGAACGCAUCAAGUUGAAAGCUGACUUAGCUGAAGACGGAACCAAACUCUGCUCGUUACCAGAAAACUUUGUUGCGAGGGAUAUUUGCUCCGAUGCCAAAGAAACUUGCAACAACUGGUUCAGCAAAAUUGGUGCAAUCCGAGAGCUUCUUCCACGUAUUUAUUUGGAGCUCGCGUUAUUGCCUUGCUGGCGUUUCUUACAUGAUCGACCUCUAGACUGUCUUCAGCGCUUGGUGAUGAUGAUAAGAGGGUUAGCAGAUCCAUUGGCAUCUGCCUACUGUCGCUUGUAUAUGGCCCAUUGUCUUAGAAAGUUGCACUCUAAUGAUAUAGGAUGUCUGCUCACCUGUGUUAAUGAUUUCAAAAUUUUGUUGAUGCGGGUGAUAUCAGCAAAGGAAACAGUUCACGGAAACUUGACAGAAAACAAAAGAUUGCUUAUCAGUCUAAUGGAACCCACCAUUGAUUAUAUCAUGAAAUGCAUAUUUAAAAAUGUGUCCGAGAGACAAGUAAAUGAUGUACUAGUGGAGCUUGGGCUUGGAUCUAAUCAAGUGGAGCUGCGUGGAAGGUUCCCAUGUGCCUCAAUCAUCCUCCAUCAUCUAGUCAAGCAACUUCCAUUGCAAGUAGUUAGCUCAAGUGCUAUGGAGAUCCUUCAGCUCAUUGAGUCCAGCAAUGACGCUUCCUAUGAUCAGUGCCUGAACUACAGGUUACUUGGAUUUAGGCUGUGUGAAAGAAAAUCUGAAACGGGAACCGUCAAUGCUGUGAUGGAUAAAGUCAUCCAGGUUAUUACGCAAUAUGAAGGCCUUGAUGAGUACUUGAAGGUUGUGGAUGCUUAUGUGGAUAUUUUCCUUCAAAAUCAUAUGGAUGACCAGCUGAAAUCCAUUUUGGAAGGUAUUUCAAUCCGAGCAGGCACUCAAGGGAUUGCUGAAGAUGAACUGACAACCUUGCAGUCCAUCUUGGUGAAGCUUCUUUCUUAUUACAAGGUUUUAGAAGACAUAAUUGCUAUGACCCCUUUUCUGAAGAUCUUGGAUUUAAUGUAUGGAAGUUCACAGAGCAUCGUCAAUAUGCAGAUCCUUGACAUGGGGAUAAGGAAUGGUUGUAUACGUGAUCCGACAAUUAUACAAUUUCUUUUUGAAAUUUCUCAGGCCCUACAUGAUGAUGAAAAUUUUGUGAAUGUAAAAGAUGAUUCUAACCAACCAGCACGUUUGAUUUCUUCUUUUGUCUCACUGGUUGAUUACGGGGCAGAGUUCGAAAGUCAUUUAACCUUCUUAAUUGAAUGCCGUGCAGCUUUUGGUAGCAUACACUGGCUUAAGGAAACUCUUGUUCACUCAACUCAGACUAAGCAGCUAAAUCUGUAUCUCGAGACUGCAGAGGUAGCCUUACUUGGAGGUCUAGUUUCUCAUUCAGAUGGACUGAUUGACUCAGCGAUCAACUCUUUGCAAGUUUUAGAAGUGAUGGAUGGGCCCAGAACUCCAAUUGAUGCUGAUGGAAUACUAUCCUCGAUUCAAAAGUUAUUCAGCCUAUUGGUUAUGGUUCCAGGUAAUCCUGAGUAUGGAGUUACUUCCUAUCCAAAGAACUUGGUAUCGCUUGUAAAUUCUCAGCCAUGGAUGACCCCAAGAAUGAGAGUGAAGAUUUUUUGUGCAGUUGUUUCUCUGUUAGCAGCAUUAUCUCAACGAGAUCUGCCUUAUCAUGCAGAUAAGGGAACGCGUCUAGGAAACGACAUGCUGUUCUUUGGUCAUUCAUCGUAUUUACGUGAGCUUGCAUUGAUGUGCAAGUUUGUUCUUCAGAACCUGGUUACUACUAUUCAACAAGAACCUUCCAAGGCUGCUCGUGGAAGUAUGGCGCUUGAAGCUUGCAACUGCAUUGCAUCAUCUUUCAUUCCAAGUCAGGAAAUAUCCUCAAUUUGCUCCGAUCUGAUGGAAACUGGGAAGUCGUGUAUGGACAGCAGCCACCCGUAUCUGCUAUCGACGAUCAAAUUAAUGGAUCACUUACUGCAUUCAUCUGUUGCAGUAUGAUCUUCAAUUUGUUGUAUUACAAGUGGCUUAGGGAAUAGUUUCUGUAUUUCAUUGGGUAAUGUAUAAUUAAUAAUUGUAUAGAUUACUCAUCUUGCCGGGACACGGUAUAGUUGAGUUAGGAACCACAUAAUUUUCCGUUUUCGCUCUCAAUCCUCAUACACAUGAGCUCCUACUCGUGUUAGGGUAUUAGCCCUAACUAGAGAGAAAAACAAAGAAAUGCAGAAAUGAAAGAAAUUAAAAUGCUG